AUGACACUUUUGCUUUCCUUUGCUUUCCUGGCUGCUGUUCUGACUCACAUAGAGUGCGGUAACCAACGCCGAGGUCCAGAAAACAGUGGGAGAAGAUUUAACCGGAUUCAGCACGGGCAGUGUGCCUACACUUUCAUUCUUCCAGAGCAAGACGGGAACUGUCGUGAGAGUGCGACAGACCAGCAGUACAACACAAAUGCUCUUCAGAGAGAUGCUCCUCACAUGGAUCAGGAUUUCUCUUCCCAGAAACUGCAACAUCUGGAACAUGUGAUGGAAAACUAUACUCAGUGGCUGCAAAAACUCGAGAACUACAUUGUGGAAAAUAUGAAGUCGGAAAUGGCCCAGAUUCAGCAGAAUGCAGUUCAGAACCACACGGCCACCAUGCUAGAAAUAGGAACCAGCCUCCUCAGCCAGACAGCAGAGCAGACCAGGAAACUCACAGAUGUUGAGACGCAGGUCCUAAAUCAAACAUCUCGACUUGAAAUUCAGCUGCUGGAGAAUUCAUUAUCAACAUACAAGCUAGAGAAACAACUGCUUCAACAAACUCAUGAAAUCCUAAAAAUUCACGAGAAAAACAGUUUGCUAGAGCAUAAAAUCAUGGAAAUGGAAGGGAGACACAAGGAAGAGCUGAUCACUCUGAAGGAGGAGAAACAGAAUCUGCAAGGUUUAGUUUUCCGGCAAACUAACAUAAUCCAGGAGUUGGAAAAGCAGUUGAACAGGGCAACGAACAACAACAGUGCUCUUCAGAAGCAACAGCUGGAGUUGAUGGACACAGUCCACAGCCUUGUUAACCUGUGUACUAAAGAUGGCGUUUCACCAAAGAGUACAAAAAAAGAGGAAGAAAAGCCAUUUAGAGAUUGUGCAGAUGUGUAUCAAGCUGGUUUCAAUAAAAGUGGAAUCUAUACUAUUUAUAUUAAUAAUGUACCAGAGCCUAAAAAGGUAUUUUGCAACAUGGAGAUUGCUGGAGGAGGUUGGACAGUCAUCCAACAUCGAGAAGAUGGUAGCCUGGAUUUCCAAAGAGGCUGGAAAGAAUACAAAAUGGGUUUUGGUAAUCCAGCUGAUGAAUACUGGUGGGGGAAUGAGUACAUCUUUGCAGUAACCAGUCAGAGGCAAUAUUCUCUACGAAUCGAAUUAAUGGAUUGGGAAGGAAACCGGGCCUACUCACAAUAUGACCGAUUUCACAUAGGAAAUGAAAAGCAGAAUUACAGGCUGUAUUUAAAGGGCCACAGUGGGACAGCAGGGAAGCAGAGCAGUCUGAUCUUACAUGGUGCCGAUUUCAGCACUAAAGAUGCUGAUAAUGACAACUGUAUGUGCAAAUGUGCCCUCAUGCUAACAGGCGGCUGGUGGUUUGAUGCCUGUGGUCCUUCCAAUCUAAAUGGAAUGUUCUAUACUGCUGGACAAAACCAUGGAAAACUGAAUGGAAUAAAGUGGCACUACUUCAAAGGACCCAGCUAUUCCUUACGUUCCACAACUAUGAUGAUUCGACCUUUGGACUUUUAAAAGCAAAACACCAGAAGCACAUCAAAUAGUGAAAAAAUCUAGUGAGAUGACCAGAUGAAGAACUUCUUGUAUACACUUCAGGAGGACCCAGCAUAUCUUCUUCCUAGCAAACAAAUAGUAGUUUCACAAAGGGGCAGUGGUUCUCUUCUACCAUUUGUGGUCUGUUGUUCUUCAAACAAGUUUAUCCACUUGAGGGGCUGGGUCUGGAGAGCCUGGUCAAAGAGAAUGUCGCUGUUUGACUUUACAAGAGGAGAGAAGUGUAGGAAAAUAUCAUUGUUUCAGCUACUACAACUGGAUUUUUCUUUGAAAUGCUGAUUAUAAGACCGAAAAUGCAUUUUUUCCACAUAAAGCACUGAAAUAUGAACGUGCAUGAACAAAAUCUACUCUGGAAGAACAGAAACCAGCCUGCCAUAUAAGCCAUUAUGAUAAAUUAUUGUUAGCAGUGGAAUGGCAUUUCAUCUAUGCAAAAGUACUACAAAUGAACCUAUAUAUUAUUGCACAACUACAAACAAAAAAUGAAGAACACACCCAACUCUGCCUUUGGAACGAAACCUCAAAGGAUGGGUUUCUGAAGCCAGCAGAUAAUUACCUUGAGCAUACCAUCAGUUUAAUUACCUUCAGUGUAAAAUUUCAUAAACCAUAAAGAAAGAUAUUAUAGAAAUGAAGACAGUGAGAAGUGGAGUACUUUCUUGCUUUAAGGACAAAACAAACAGAAAAGUGGCUUUAUCCUUGAGCUGUGAUUGAGGAUGUGAUUAGAAAGUGUUUUUUUCUUCUAUUGCUGAAACUUUUGUGUACAUUAAAAUAGACUGAAUAACAUGGGAAAAGCUGUAAAGAAUGUGAAAUUUAUCAUGUUAUUUUGCAAACCUAAUUGCAUGUAAUAUUUUAUUUGAAAGUAUACUGGAAAGCAGUAUUUUAGAGUGUAUAAAAGUAAAUUCAACAUCUUGCUUA